AUGUUUGAUAGUUUCAAUUUUCGAAAAGGUAAUGAACCCUAUAUGGGUAUCGAUUCAAUGAAAUUCCGCUGUUAUUCAUCAAACGAAAUAAAGAAAUUAAGCGUUUUACGAAUUUCACAGACUCAAACUUUCGAUAAGAUUGGAUAUCCAAUUCGUGAUGGCCUAUAUGAUCCUCGCCUUGGGCCGAGAGAAGUUUAUGACGAGUGUGAAACAUGCCAUCUUUCUGGACUGCAUUGUCCUGGUCAUCUUGGUCAUAUACAGCUGCAUCUUCCUGUUUUUAAUCCUUUAUUUUUCAAUUUCACUUAUUCGAUUUUGAAAGGUACAUGUGUUCGAUGCCAUAGAUUAACUUGUGACUCAAAUAGUUUACCAGCAAAAUUGCUUCUUGCACAGUUACGUGCUAUUGAAUUAGGAAUGGCUUCGAUUGUUGAGGACUUAGGAGUUUUUAUUAGGAAUCGCUUCCUUGACAGUGGCGAUUAUGAACAGCGAAAUGAAAAUAUUGAUGUCCGCAGAGAAGUGAAGGCUUUUUUAAAAGAAUUUAACUUGAAAUACUAUUCAAAAUCUUUAAAUUCAUCUAAUCAUCCUGUUAAAAAUGCAGUGGAAAUGAAACGAAAUCUUAUUGUGAAUUUCUGCAAGGAAAAUCUGUUCAAACAUCGUCAACGAUGUAAGUUUUGUUUGAAAUACAAUGGAGUAAUUCGAAACGAUGGCUAUCGUGCGUUUAUUCUUGAUUUCAAUGCCAUUGGUGUAAAGGAAAAAAUCAGUUCGCAACCAAAAAUUUCCUCCGAUAAUUUUGAAGAAGAAAAUGUGAAAAAUGCCGAAGUUCCUGAAAAAAAAAAGUUUUUGGAAUCAGAUUGCGAAAAAUUAGCUCACAUUUCUCAAGUAACUUCAGUCGAAGAAGCUUUAAAGCUGCAAUUGCAAUCUGUAUCAGAUGGUUUAUGCGAUAAAUUAGCAUGGAGAGCAUUAGAAGUUCAAGAGCAUUUCAGAAUUUUAUGGAAAUACGAUGGGAAAUUUUUAAAAAAAGUUUUUCCAUUGUUCAACGAUAGUGAUGCUACUAAUGAACAUCCAGUGGAUAUACUAUUUUCUGAUGUAAUAUUAGUCCCUCCAUCAAAAUUUCGACCAAUGGCGUAUUUUAAAGGUACAGUAAUGGAACAUCCACAAACAAUAAACUUUCAGCGGUUGUUGGAAGCUAAUGAAAAAGUUGUCGCAAUUAAAAUGAUCAUAUCUGGCGCACGACCAGCCAAUGAAUUAGAAAUGAUAUCUAGCAAAAUUCUUGGAAAGACUGUUCAUGCUAAAAUGCAUUAUGCCUAUCUUGCUUUACAAGAACGAAUGAAUGCUAUAUUUGAUCAGAAUUUAGACAGAACUAAUGAACCUCGGCAACUUCCUGGUCUCAAGCAAAUUUUAGAAAAAAAAGAGGGUUUAUUUCGAAUGAACAUGAUGGGAAAGCGAGUAAAUUUUGCAUGCCGUUCUGUGAUUACUCCUGAUCCAUAUCUUGACGUUGAUGAAAUUGGUAUUCCUGAGUUAUUUGCCAAAAAGCUCACAUUCACCGAAUUCUCUAAUGCAUAUAAUUUAAUUCAAUUGCGGAAAAUGAUUAAAAAUGGGCCAGACAAAUAUCCUGGCGCAAAUUAUAUACAACGAUCCGGUGCACCAAAGCAUUUGUUGAUAAAGGAAAAGACAGAUGAGAGGUAUGGUGAUGCUAAGCGAUUGCAGCCUGCUGAUUCUUCUCGUCUUCCGUAUCCAACACAGGUUUUCAGACAUUUAACUAAUAAUGACUUUAUGUUGAUGAAUCGUCAGCCUUCAUUACAUAAGCCAUCAAUCAUGGGGCAUAAAGUGCGUGUACUUAAAGGUCAGCGCGUUCUUAGGCUCAAUUAUGCUCCUUGUAAAUCAUAUAACGCUGAUUUCGAUGGUGAUGAAAUGAAUGGGCAUUUUGUGCAGGAUCGAAUAGCUCAAGCAGAAAUUGCUGAAAUCGCCAAUGUCGGUUCCAAUUUUCUCGUUCCCAAGGAUGGUACUCCUCUGCUUGGAUUAAUUCAAGAUCAUAUUAUAUCUGGUGUAUUAUUAUCAGUGCGUGGUCGGUUUUUUACGAAAGAAGAUUUUAUGCAUCUUUUAUUGUCAGCCUUUUCAAAAACAGAUAAACGUUUGAUUAUGCCACAUCCAUGUAUAAUCAAACCCCGGAUGUUGUGGAGUGGGAAACAGAUAAUUACUGGUAUAUUACUAAAUAAUAUACCAGCUGAUAAACCAUUGAUAAAUUUAACUAGUGCGGCUAAGAUUCCCCUUAAAUGUUGGCAAGUUGAAGGCUAUCGCUUGCCUGAACUAAAUAUGAGUGAAUCCCAAGUUGUAUUCAGACAAGCAGAACUCUUAGUUGGUGUUCUGGAUAAGCAACAUUAUGGGAGCACACAGCACGGUUUAAUACAUUGUUGCUGUGAAUUAUAUGGGCACAAAAUCGCAAUGAAUAUAUUGAGUUGUUUUUCUCGUUUAUUCACGACAUACUUGCAGUUGAAUGGUUUCACGCUAGGCGUAGCAGAUAUACUUAUUAGAAAAGAUGCUGAUAAAAAAAGGAGAAAAAUAAUAAAGGAUUUGCGCAAGUGCGGUAAUGAAGUGGUUAAAGAUUGUUUUAAUUUGGAUGAGAAUGCAUCUGAAUUUGAAAUAAAGCAACUUUUAGCGAGUAUAUUUUGUAAUCCCCAUGGUGAUACCGAAAGUGUUCAGUUACUGGAUUAUAAAAUGAAGGAAAAACUUAGUAAAUUCACGCAAAAAAUUAAUAAUGCUUGCAUUCCUUCUGGAUUGUUGUAUUCAUUUCCCAGAAAUGCCUUGCAGCUGAUGAUUCUUUCAGGAGCUAAGGGAACAUUGGUGAAUGCAAUCCAGAUAAGUUGUGGAUUAGGACAGAUUGAAUUAGAAGGACAACGGCCACCAGUAACUAUCGCUGGUCGCAGCUUACCAUCGUUUAAGAUCUUUGAUACGUCACCACGUGCUGGUGGAUUUGUGGAUCAGCGCUUUUUAACUGGUAUUAGUCCACAAGAACUUUUCUUUCAUACUAUGGCGGGAAGAGAGGGUUUAAUUGACACAGCAGUUAAGACAUCACGUUCAGGCUAUUUGCAGCGAUGUAUUGUUAAGCAUUUGGAAGGACUUGUUUUACAAUAUGAUUCAACAGUUCGGGACCAUGAUGGUAGUGUUAUUCAGUUUAUGUAUGGUGAAGAUGGAAUGGAUGUUUGUCGAUCUAGUUUCAUCCAUCCCAGUCAAUUCGAUUUUUUUUACGAUAAUCUAAAAGCUCUUCGUGCGAAUGUGGUGCCGCUAAAGGCAGAAAAUAGCAAAGGGAAUUUUGCUAAAUUUGAAGAAUUAUAUAAAAAAGUAAAAAAAUGGCGCAAUAAAAGCAACAAAAAUUUAUCAAAGUUAUACACUAGUGGAUUUACCGAGUUUUCGAAAGUCUAUGGUGGCGUAACAAAGGAAAAACUUAUGGAAAUGUGGUACCAUCUAAGCGCGGAGGAAAAACUGCAGUAUCAAAAGAAAGCUGCUAAGGGACGCCGUAAAUUGAUUGGUGAGAAACUUAACACUUCUGCGUCACUUAAUGAAAAAAUAUUGGAUGAUUUAAGUAUUUAUAUCGAUAAAAAAAAAUUGAUUAACCCUGAUUACCCAUGGGAUGCUUUACAGAAAGCAAUGUACUGGAAAGCUUUACGUUGCCAGGUUGAUCCUGGCGAAAAUGUUGGAAUGUUAGCUGCACAAUCUAUUGGAGAACCAUCCACCCAAAUGACAUUGAAUACUUUUCAUUUUGCUGGUCGUGGUGAAAUGAAUGUAACCCUUGGAAUUCCUAGGCUUCGUGAAAUUUUAAUGACGGCUGGACAAUCCAUCAAAACUCCAAAUGCUGAGAUUAGAGUCAAGCCAGGAAUUUCUAAAGAACAACUGGAAUAUGUAGAAAAUGAACUUAAUCGAAUUUAUUUAAAACGGGUGAUAGAAAAUUUUGUUAUUGAUGAAAAAAUUAGUAUUGGACCCAGCAAUUGCUGGAGAACGUACGAUCUCACAAUAAAAAUUUUACGUUCGAAAUCAAGAGAUGAAGGUUCAAAGCACAUUUCUUGCCGGCAAAUACUUGGCGAAAUUGAACGGAGAUUCGUAAAAAGUAUCGCUAAACGAAUUGGCGACAAAUUCCGGCAAAUUAUGGAAUAUCAAGCCGUUGUGCAUAGAAAAUUCAAAUUUGCUGCAGCUGGGGAUGAAUUUGUUGCACGAGCUCGUCAACAUAAUCAAGCUGAUGGACUUAGCAGUGAUGAGGAAGCAGAUGUUGGAGCUGACGCAGAUGCAGCUGAAUCGCGACUUAAACAAAGACAUCUUGAUGAUGCUGCUGAAUAUGAAGGUGAAGAUGAAGAAAAAGAAGUUAUUGCUCCAGAAACUCGAUUUAUGGAUAAUUUAGCCGAAGUUUCCGAUGAUAAUGAAUAUGAAAAUGAACAGAAUCAGCAUGAAGAAAAUGAUCAUUUAAAGUCGAAGUUAACUAGCAGAGAAUUUGAAAAAUCGCGAAUUCAGGCAGUUUUAUGUUCUUCACCUAUGGUUAAAGAUUACAAAUUCGAUAGUAAACAUAAUCGCUGGUGCACUAUCACUUUCCAGGUGAAUUUGAAUCCCAAAACGCGAUUAGAUAUAUCAACUUUGGUUGAAUAUGAAAUAGAAAACUUUUUGGUCUCUGAAACUCAAGGCAUUGAAAAGUGCUUUAUUAAAGAGGAUAACGUCAAUGGUCAAGAACGUCUUGUUCUCGUUACGCAGGGCAUAAAUAUUCAGUCAUUACUAAAGUUUUCUGAUGUGUUGGAUAUGAAUUCAUUUUAUUGCAAUGAUUUGAAUAUAAUUCUAAACAGCUACGGUAUAGAAGCUUGUGCGAGAUCACUUGUAAAAGAAAUUACCAAUGUUUUCGCUCCAUAUGGUAUCAGUGUCAAUCAACGACAUUUAACUCUCACAGCCGAUUAUAUGACGUUUACUGGGAAAAUUGAACCUUUUAGUAGAUUAGCAAUGGGUAAUAGUGCGUCACCACUGCAAAAAAUGACAUUUGAAACCACAUCCACUUUUAUGCGUGAGGCUGUCAUUAACGGUGAUAUCGAUCGUUUAUCGUCACCUUCUUCACGAAUUAUUGUUGGAAGGCAUAUAAAAGGUGGUACAGGUGCUUUUGAUCUUCUCAUUUCUGGUAAAUAUUGUCUGAAAAGCUCAGCAAAAAAUGAUAUUUCUGCUUUUUGA